ACACUAAAAAACACAGAGAGAGAGAGAGAGAGAGAGAGUGGAUGUCACAAAUGAACUGUGGCAGGUGCAGUUUUUCUACUUGGAAGAAGCUGGAUAAUGCAAAUGAGUUGAAAGGAGAGAACAGCUUCGUAUGGAUUUAUCUGUCUGAUUGUAAUCUGAUGUGAUCCUACUUGUUUGGGAAGAUCACACAUUGUUCAAGAGGACCCGAAUUGCUUCUGUCCUGCUUGGACAAAAAUUUAAUUUCUGGGACUUUGCAUUCUAAAAGAACUGGUCUGCAUCCAGUUUUUAAAUCUUUAAUCGAGAAAAAUAAACUAAUGGCUAUCAAACAUUUUAAGUGCAUCCAUAAAGGGUGCACUUAGAGCACUCUCUUCGGAGCAUCAGUACAAUGCCUGGAUUACCCUUUUGACUGCCUUGUGAACCCGUGUGAAAUCACCGCGGAGAAGGUACGGCGGGGGGACGAGCGGGUGGGAGCUGCAUUCCUCCACUUGAGACCGAACUGAGAAUCCAACAUCCUGACUGCCGCUACAAGUCGAUCGGAUACAAACGCUGUAGGGACAGGAGUGGAACCACCCUUCACGGUCUGGGUCAAAGGGAUUGGCAGAAGAAUGCUGGCGCCAGGUGCCCAGGGGCAGGAUGGCGUUGUGUUGGCAGAGAGCUACGGUUGUUAGAUGGUUCCUCUUGAUGCUCCUGUGGCACUGGGCACCUCUGGGCCCACUGAGCUGGUUUCUGGCUCUGGCUGAGCGUCUUGACCAGAAGACCUCACCGUUCUCUUCUAUCUCUGGCCGGAGCAGCGGCCAGCUGGACUGGCUCCUGUCUGAUAAAGGGCCCUUCCAUCGCUGUCCAGAAUACACCGAGUUCAAAGAACGCUUCCAACAAGGCUUCUCCACACGCUACAAAAUCUACAGGGAGUUUAGUCACUGGAAAGUGAACAGCUUGGUGACAGAGAAGAGAGACUUCUUCAAAGCCCCGCUGCCUUUGGCGCCCGAGUUUUUACGCAACCUCAGGCUUCUGGGGAGAAGGCCGAGCCUUCAGCAGAUCCAUGAAAAUCUGAUCAAGAAAUAUGGCACUCAUUUCUUGGUAUCAGCCACAUUGGGAGGAGAGGAGUCACUCACAAUCUUCUUGGACAAACAGAAGCUGAGCAAAAAGUCAGAGGGCAACGGAAACAGCUCCGUGGUCUCCCUAGAAAUCUUGCACCAGUUGGCGGCGUCGUACUUCACAGACAGAGAGAGCACCCUGCGAAGACUCCACCACCUGCAGAUCGCUACAUCUGCCAUCAAGGUAACGGAGACCAGAACGGGGCCUCUUGGAUGCAGUAACUACGACAGCCUGGAUUCCGUCAGCUCCGUCUUAGUGCACAGCCCAGAAAAUAAAAUCCACCUGAAAGGUCUACAGGAUGUACUUCCUGAGUUUCUGCGGAAUCGUUUUGUGGAGGCGGCCCUCAGUUAUGUGGCAUGUAAUUCAGAGGGCGAGCUUCUGUGCCGCAACAAUGACUGCUGGUGCCGCUGCUCCGCAAAGUUCCCUGAUUGUAACUGCCCCUUCGCAGAUAUCAAAGCCAUGGAGGAGAGUCUGCGUAAGAGCAAAGAGUCCUGGAUCAACCUCAACAAUGACUUCAUGGACUCAGAUGAGUUCAAGGCCUUUCUCAAGAAAUUGCCAACAGAUCAUUUUUUAAACACCUCUGCUGUCUUAAAGUUCUGGACAUCAGAUCUGGUCCUGCAGAGACGUUAUGGUCUGCUGGAGGCGAGCACUAAAGUGGUGCUGGGAAAAGCCAUCAAGAUAGUGCGCAAACUCUUCGCUCUCAGCAAGCGCUGUCCUACACAGCCAAAGAUCAGCCUGCCUAGAGAAAGGACUCUGGGUUUUUGGCUCAACAAAGCCCAGUCUCUGUUGUACUGCAGCGAGCAUGGUGUGUACGGCACCUUCUCUGAGGAAAUGCAGGGCUGCAUCUGCGCCGCUGAGCAACGCACUGUCUGCCAGGGCAACGUGCCAUGUAAGGUGGGUGAGGGGACCCUCUGCUCGUCCUGCGCCCCAGACAACAUCACCCGCUGUGGCACAUGCCUCCCAGGCAGCAUCCUCUAUAUGGGAUUCUGUCGUCCCAACAUUGCCAACUCUUUGGACCACUACGUCAACUUUGACUUUGACAUGCCGGACGCAGAAAUGCGCUACCUCCUCCAAAGGCUCGACAGCCGCAUGGAGGUCCACGCCAUCUACAUCAGCAACGAUGUGCGUCUGGGCAGCUGGUUCAAUCCGGCGUGGAGAAAGCGCAUGCUGCUCACCCUCAAGAGCAACAAGAACAAGUCCAACCUCAUCCACAUGCUGAUGGGGAUCUCUUUCCAGAUCUGUUCCACCAAGAACAGCACGCUGGAACCCGUGCCUGCUAUCUAUGUCAACCCCUUCGGGGGCAGCCACUCCGAGAGCUGGUUUAUGCCCAUCAACCAGCAGGAAUUCCCAGACUGGGAAAGAACUAAAUUGGACGCCUCACUCCAGUGCUAUAACUGGACCCUCGCUCUUGGCAGUAAGUGGAAGUCCUUCUUCGAAACUGUGCACAUUUACCUGCGCAGUCGCAUAAUCACAGACGAUCCCACCGCCAACGAGACGCUUUUUUAUGAGCCACUGGACCUGGAUGACCACUCGGCCAACCUGGGCUACAUGAAAAUCAAUAGCAUGAAGGUCUUUGGCUACAGCAUGCACUUUGAUCCAGAGGGAAUCAAGGACCUGAUCCUGCAGUUGGACUACCCGUACACACAGGGUUCGCAGGAUGCGGCCUUCCUGAUGCUUCUGGAGAUGAGGGACCGCAUUAACCGGCUCUCUCCGCCAGGAGCCCAGCCGCUGGACCUCUUCUGCUGCCUGCUGAGGCACAGGCUCAAGCUUUCGUCCAGCGAGGUGGUACGCAUACGGGAAGCGCUCCAGAGUUUCAACGCCAAGCUCCCCAACUCCACCGAGCCAGAACUCAGCCAGCUGUGCAGCUAGCUCAAAUGAGGCUCUGUUGCUCAUUUUUGCCUGCCUGUGAGAAUAUAUUUGUAAAUGUGAUCAGAGAGAAAGGGAAAAGAAAUAUAUUGUCAGUGUGCGUGUAAAUGUUUGUGGAUGAGAUUGUCUUUGAAUCCUCUUCCUUUGGGCAGCAAUUGUAAGAAGCAGAAUUUUUGAUUGUGACUGAUACAGGAGCGUACCUUAGAAGCCGUAUGUUCCCAGAAUAUUCCCUUGCUGGGAAAACCUUGUUGGAUCUAGCCUACAGUCAAACUACUUAGUGUCUUUGAGUAAGGGUUCCUUUUGAGACGAUGGAGAUUUUAACUAAGUGGACUGCCUCUUCAUGAUUCAUGAAAAAGAAAAUUUUAAGUGAGAAUAUAUAGCUACGAUUUCUUAGCACAUAUGUGCUGAAGUUGUAGUUAUUCUUGGUGAUGUCAUUGUUCAAGACGAAUCCGGAGAAUCGAUCUAUUCCGAUGUUAAGUGUCAGAGCACAGUGGUCCAAUGGUUAUAACAAUCAGCAAAGAAUCAAAUGUGCUUUUCUAUUUUAUCUGGAGUCGCAAAUCCUGUAUUGUGAGAUCUGUAUAUCUGUAUUUAAUGUGGGACUGAAUUGCCAGAAUGUUGAAUAGAAAUUCCUUUGUAUUCCAGAGAUAUUGCUAAACCAAAAGGUAAACAUGAAAGCAAAUUGAAUGGCAAAAUUUCUUUACUGUUUUUUUUUUUAUGUUCACUGAAAUCUCUUUUGAGAAGG